AUGAUUCAGCAGCAGCUGCGGCCCAGGCAUCGCCAGCAGCAGCAGCAGCAGCAGCAGCAGCCGCAGCAGCAGCAGCAGCAGAAGCAGCAGCAGCAGCAGCAGCAGCAGAAGAAGAAGAAGAAUUAUCAGCAGCAGCAGCAGCAGCAGCAGGUGGAGAGCCAACAUAAGCAACAGGCGCAUUCGCCUCUUCCCCAGCAGCAGCAGCAGCAGCAGAAGCAGCAGCAGCAGCAGGAGCAGCUGCAGCAGCAAGAGCAGCAGCAGCAACAUCAGCAGCAGCAGCAGCAUUUGUUCAGGGGCUAUGGGGUGGUGUGA